AUGGCACGGAAAGAUACACGAACGAAAUUGGCCAGGAGUAAAAGUGCGGCACGACCUCGUGCGCCCAACUCCACUGGACGAGAUAUGACACGGCGACCGUACGAGAUCACCACCAUCGUGUUGGGAGCUACGAAGGUGGGAAAGUCGGCUUUAGUUUCACAGUUCCUCUGGGAGCGUUUCCUGACGGACUAUCGACCAACGGUCGAGGAAUUCAACUGGAUUGAAUAUGACGUGGAAGAAGGCAGUGCACUCAUGUUGCAGUGCCGUUUCGUUCAUUUGCUGUGA